CGACUAUGCGUGUGAGGCGCAGUGACUUGAGAAACGCCGACCAGUGCACAAGCAGAUGAUCCGCAGUCCGCAGCUGGGACAUUACGUUGGCUGAGCCCAUGGAGGUUGUGUUCGGAAGGGUCGGUCGAGACGCCGGCGGUAUGUAGGGCGUACGGGAUGGUGGGACUUGAAAGACGAGCGAUGAUGCUGGGUAUCAGAUGCUCGUCCGGGAUUGUUGGAGCCUCGCGAGCGCGCGCUUGGGAGCGCAGAAGAGAGGUGGGGUAGGAUGUAUACCCGGAGGCGUGCAAUGAGCACUCGGCUCUCUAUCUGGAGAAAACAGGAUGUGAUCCGUUUUGGCGGCUUCGUCCUGGACCACCAUCGUACCUACCGCGAACAAAGUGUUCUGCAGAUCGGUCCUUGAAGCAAUGGGGGCAUACGUGCUUGGUCGGUGAACCAUCAGAGCGUACCGAUCGCAAGGGAUAAGUUAGCUGGAUGACAAGAACUACCCUUCUGCGAUUGAUAGCUGUGUAGAAGCAGCAUCCGGAUAGAUGUAAAGAGCGUCGAUAUACUUAUGUCGUCCCUCGCACACGCCACGCCGAAGCGGCAUUCCUCAACGCAGCGACAACGAUGCUCAGAUCUCGACGCCGUCUGUCAUAUCAGCGGACUUCAGAUCGAGCUUCAGAGAUGGGCCUUCAUGCACGACGGCGAGGAUGCCGUUCCCCGGACAUCAGCGGCGUCGUCUUCGUCGCCCCGGUCUUCGUCAGUCCUUGCGCUAUACAUCAAAAUCCAAGCUGCGUAGACCGUGUGAGAAAGUAUGGCGUCCGUCAUAGAGACUCCCAAGCAGGAAAAGGGGCACCAGUCGCUGGAGGAGAACAUCCGAGUGCAUGCGCGGAUGGUUCGUAUCAAGUCAGGCAGAUCUCUCGGAGUCCUCACACUGCAUCAUGCAUCGACAGCCCCGAGCGGUACUUGAUAUGCUGCUCCAAUUGCAGGGCUGGACUGUGGAGUGGACUUCCACGAGGUACGGAGAAUGAUGGCCGCAGGCCGAGGGAUGAUACAUAUGUACACGUUCGAAUGCUUUCGGGUCGGGCGAGGCUCCGGAUGAACGAGAAGAACGUAACAGCGAC